GAGGUCGCCCCUCUCCUCCCACCCCCUCGUCUCCUCCAAGAUGGCGAGCGGCGGCGGCAGCGGCGGCGGCGGGGUGUCGGUGCCCGCGCUGUGGAGUGAGGUGAACCGUUACGGCCAGAACGGCGACUUCACGCGUGCCCUCAAGACCGUCAACAAGAUAUUGCAGAUUAACAAGGAUGAUGUCACCGCCCUGCACUGUAAAGUUGUUUGCCUUAUCCAGAAUGGAAGUUUCAAAGAAGCCUUGAAUGUCAUCAAUACUCACACCAAAGUGUUAGCCAAUAACUCUCUCUCCUUUGAGAAGGCAUAUUGCGAGUACAGGCUGAACAGAAUUGAAAAUGCCUUGAAGACAAUAGAAAGUGCCAACCAGCAGACAGACAAACUAAAGGAGCUUUAUGGACAAGUGCUGUACCGCCUGGAGCGCUAUGACGAGUGCUUGGCCGUCUAUAGAGACCUUGUCCGGAACUCCCAGGACGAUUAUGACGAGGAAAGGAAAACCAACCUUUCUGCAGUUGUCGCAGCUCAGAGCAAUUGGGAAAAAGUGGUUCCGGAGAACUUGGGUCUCCAGGAAGGCACACAUGAGCUCUGUUACAAUGCUGCCUGCGCGCUGAUAGGGCAAGGCCAGCUGAGCCAGGCCAUGAAAACCCUACAGAAGGCUGAAGAUCUUUGUCGCCGUUCAUUUUCAGAAGAUUCUGAUGGGGCUGAGGAAGACCCACAGGCAGAACUGGCCAUCAUUCAUGGUCAAAUGGCGUAUAUCCUGCAGCUUCAGGGUCGCACAGAGGAGGCCCUGCAGCUUUACAAUCAGAUCAUCAAACUGAAGCCAACAGAUGUGGCACUACUUGCUGUAAUCGCAAAUAACAUCAUUACCAUUAAUAAGGAUCAAAAUGUCUUUGACUCCAAGAAGAAAGUGAAAUUAACCAAUGCAGAAGGAGUAGAGUUCAAGCUUUCAAAGAGACAACUACAAGCCAUAGAGUUUAACAAAGCUUUGCUGGCUAUGUAUACAAACCAGGCAGAACAAUGCCGAAAAAUAUCUGCCAGCUUGCAGUCCCAGAGUCCUGAGCGUCUCUUGCCUGUGUUAAUCCAAGCUGCCCAGCUCUGCCGUGAAAAGCAACAUACAAAAGCAAUAGAGCUGCUUCAGGAAUUUUCUGAUCAACAUCCAGAAAAUGCAGCCGAAAUCAAGCUUACCAUGGCGCAGCUGAAAAUUUCCCAAGGGAACAUUUCCAAAGCCUGUCUAAUAUUGAGAAGCAUAGAGGAGUUAAAGCAUAAACCAGGCAUGGUAUCUGCGUUAGUAACCAUGUACAGCCACGAGGAAGAUAUUGAUAGUGCCAUUGAAGUCUUCACACAAGCUAUCCAGUGGUAUCAAAGCCAUCAGCCCAAAUCCCCUGCUCAUUUGUCCUUGAUAAGAGAAGCUGCAAACUUCAAGCUCAAAUAUGGACGAAAGAAGGAGGCAGUUAGUGACCUAGAGCAGCUGUGGAAGCAAAAUUCAAAAGAUAUUCACACACUAGCGCAGCUUAUUUCUGCUUACUCGCUUGUGGAUCCUGAGAAAGCAAAGGCUCUUAGUAAACACUUGCCCUCAUCGGACAGCAUGUCUCUAAAAGUGGAUGUCGAGGCUCUUGAGAAUUCUCCUGGUGCUACAUACAUUCGGAAGAAGGGCGGAAAAGUUACCGGAGAUAAUCAGCCAAAGGAACAAGGACAGGGAGAUUUGAAAAAGAAGAAGAAGAAAAAGAAAGGAAAACUGCCUAAGAAUUAUGACCCAAAAGUUACCCCAGAUCCAGAAAGAUGGCUACCCAUGCGAGAACGUUCUUACUACCGAGGAAGAAAGAAGGGUAAAAAGAAGGACCAGAUUGGAAAAGGAACGCAAGGAGCGGCUGCAGGAGCCUCCUCCGAACUGGAUGCCAGUAAAACUGUUAGCAGCCCCCCCACCUCCCCACGGCCUGGCAGUGCGGCAACGCUGUCCUCCUCUACAAGCAACAUCGUACCCCCAAGACACCAGAAACCCGCGGGGGCCCCAGCAACCAAAAAGAAACAGCAACAGAAGAAGAAGAAAGGCGGCAAAAGCGGCUGGUGAAGGCAGUGCACUUGUUGCGGGCUGUUGUAGUCCGCUGUCAGUGACCUUAGGAACAUAAGAAAGGUAACACAGCAAGAAGCACAGCGCUCCUCCUCCAUCCCCAUUGUCCUGAAAUGACUUCCUCUGCUUCGGAUGGGAAAACGUUCUCCUCAAACUGCCUAAGCAGAUUUGGCCUCCUUGUACCAAAUAGCUUUACAGAAGACUGAAGACAACCGAGCCUAAGGCACGUUAUCUAAGGUUUCCCAGGGUUUAAAUGGAAAAUGUUUCUCCUGUUUCAACUAGUGUGAAGAUAUGUGUUCCUAUUCAAGUCUCACCUUAAAUUAUGUCUUAGGAGGCUAAAGGUGGAAUCUUCUGAGCAUUCCAAGUAUUUGUUUAGAGCUAUCAUGUGAUGAAAAGGGAUCUUAGUAAUACGUGGCCAGAAAGACUCAAUGUCUAAAAUAAUUUUAACCCUAAAUUCUCUGUCUGCUGGAAUUGGGACUCUUUCACAUGUAUGUGUAUGUGAACAUCCGACUUCUUUGUACCCUUGCCAUUUCAUUUUCAGAUUAUGUUACCAUACUGAUUUAGUUCCACUGAAGACCACAAGAAAAUAUAUCAAUGUUGCAAGUAGUUGAUGCUUAGACCCAGUAUUCUGAGGGCAAAUGGGUUUGGGCCUCUUAACCAGAACACUUAAUGGCCACUAUCAAGAACAUAAACUUUGACUUCUUUAUUUUAAGAAGAAACACUACCAGGUGGUAUUGAAAUUCACAAGAGCAUUUGGCCCAGUUAGUACUCAGAUGGCUCCCCUUUCUGGUCGUGGGACAUGGCCUUUCAUUAUCUUUUUCAAAGUACCGUGGUUUGCAGUCACUUUGUGGUGUAAAUGUCGCUCUUGUCUUUAUUGCUAGCGCCCACUUUCCUACUCAGACAGCUGUGAGACACACCUGGGGUGUCUCCCAUGGUUAGUGUUUGUUUACGCCAUCCGGGCUAUCAUUUAUUUCACACUUCUAUUUCCUGUGAUCAGAUUACUCGGUCCUUGUUAAUAAAAGUGCUGCUGUGUUUGAGCAUCA